AUUUUACGAGGUGAGCGUUGAAAYUAAACUAUGCAGCGAACGUGGAUAUCUCAAUCAAGAUAACAAAAAAUCACACCCUGAUUCAAUGCAGUGACCUCUUAUUAAGGAUCUAAGCCUCGACGAGGAGUUCUGUUUUAACAGUUUGGUGAUACGAAUCUACACACAAGAAUUCCUUCCGUCCAUUUUGUGUUUGCAAACAUGAAUCUUCUACAGACAAGRCAAUCAAGUUGUCAUAUCAAGGAGYAUCGAUGAGAAUGCCCUCAAUUAACAGCUUAUGAUUGCACCUCCAUUCCUAAAGCACGGCAAUAAAAACAUCCAGAGUGCUCACAAGUACAUCUUUUCCGGCUCGUCACUCAAUGCCCUCAGAUGGAAGUCUGUAAAUCGAAUUUCAACGUGUGUAUGGGAGUAUUAUGGCUGUGCGUUACUACACAGACCAGAGCAAACACAAUUGACAGGCUUUCCAAAGUGGGUUCUCAUUCCAAUGCCAGCCAAGUUCCACGAUGCGUGUUUUUUUGCACUUGAGGACCGAGACAGAUUAAAUCGUCCACAGAAUUCAUAGUAAAAAAGUUAUCCCAAUUUAACCUGAACAUGGAGCUUACCUACAGAUACGCUUUCACAGUUGUACUUGUCGUGGUUCAAAUCCACUCAAAAGGAACUCAAUGUUAUGACAUUUUUAACGCCAAUAACCAAUUUGAAGAUCCAAUUCUGAAUCCUGAAACAGUCUGCGAAAACACACCAUCGUUAAACAAGAAUCAGAUGAUCUUGUGCAGGAAGUGGCCUGAUGUUGUGGCGAGUGCUCUUCAAGGGAUGCAGUACGCAGUGCAUGAAUGYCAGGCUCAGUAUCGCUAUCGACGAUGGAACUGCUCAUCUCUUGAAAUGAAUAAUGGAAAUCCRAUGACCAACCCUAUUCUAACACGAGGAUUUCGUGAAACAGCCUUCGUACACGCAAUCAUUGCGGCUGGAGUAACAAGUUCAAUAGCGAAAUCUUGCAGCUAUGGGAAACUGAGUGCUUGUAGCUGUGAUGGGUCAAUGAGAGGAAAGGGGGAUGGAUGGAAGUGGGGAGGAUGUGGAGAUAAUAUCAUCUAUGGAGCAAUGUUUGCUAAGCUGUUUUUAAAUGGGGAAGAAAGAGGACACGACAUCUACUCCAAAAUGAAAUUACACAACAAUAUGGUUGGUACUUCGACUGUACAAGUAAACUCUAAGACCAAGUGUAAAUGCCAUGGCAUGUGCGGUUCGUGUAGCGUCAAGACUUGCUGGAAAACAGCUCCAAAUUUUCGUGAAGUCGGAGACCGCCUCAUGGAAAAGUACGACUACGCGACAUUAAUACGAACAAAAAAUAGAAGUAGUGGCAAGGUGAAAAUACGACCCGUCAGGAAGAAAUUUAGACGAUCAAACUUUAAGGAAGACCUUGUAUACUUCGAAAAAUCCCCAGAUUAUUGUCACCGCGAUAAAUCGCUGAUGAUAUCAGGGACAUCUGGGAGAAUAUGUUCAACAGAUUCUCUAGAUACGGACAACUGCGAACGUCUUUGUUGCGGCAGGCCUUUCAUGAUCAAAAGAAUGUCAGUUGCGAAGCGGUGCAAAUGUCAUUUUAACUGGUGCUGUUACGUAAUUUGCAACACAUGUACUGAAACGUCAGUGCUUAACGUAUGCACCUAAUGGUUUUAUUGGCAAAUGACGUCGUGAAUAUGCGUACAAAAGAGGUUCCAGGAAUUCCGGACGGGCUUAACCUCAAGGAUAAAGCAACAGGCUGCACAAUUUAGUAACACUGACCAUGAAGAAAACGUUUUUAAAAAUUGUGCUGCCAAAGUAUUGUAAAGUUGGUCACUGGAAAAUGAUCUUCCUUGAGACAGCCCCUUGUACGUAUCUAAURCGUACUGUAGUUAAGUUGGAUUUGUUUAAAUCUGGCCGAUGGAAAACGACCGUGAAAAUGCUCACGUACUUUGGUCAAUAAAAUUUUAAAUCAGAUUAAAGCUUAUAACAGAUGAUCAGAUCAGCAAUGGGUAGGAUAGAAAGUGCAAAGCUGAAUCUAGGUCAUUGACCACUUGGGAGACCCUCAAUACUUCUUGAGUGCGAGAAGUAGUAA